UGGUUAAUGGUUAUACACUUGUGCAACGGAAAUGCCUGCCUUGGAGCCUUUUGCGGGCUUUGCGCCUUAGCUAGGCUUCCUUACAAAGGGGUAAAGCCCUAGGCUUAUAAACGACGAUGUCUAGGAAUGGAACCUUAGGCUUUAUCUUCCUCUUUAUUACUGCUGCAGCCUGGAUCGGCGCAUCGUUUAUUACGCAGGCCUUGGUGUCUCCGUCUAGCAGUGGCGAUGGGCCCGAGCUGGAGCCAUGGCUACUGACACUUAUCUGCUCGUCGACAUUUACCUUGUACCUACCAUUUGGUUACCUAAGCCGCAAGCGCAAAAGGAGCGCAACCGCUGCCUCCAAAGCCCCCGCCGCUGGCUCAAACAACCUGCGAGACGAGGAGGCAGUCGAGGGGCUAGCGGGCGAAGAUGGCGAAGAAGAGACAGCCGCAACAGCCGCAGUUGGGUUGCCAGCGCGGUUGCAGCAGCAGCCUCUGGAACGGCAACCCCUGCUGCUGCAACAGCAUCCCCAAUACCACCACCAUCAACACCACCAGCAGCGGUUGCAGAACCAACAAGGGAAGCACCAGGAGCCGGGGCAAGGGGGCUACCAAGGUACGACAGCAGCGGGGCUUCUAGGUGCUACUGCCGCUGAGGGCGAGGGCGGCGAGGAAGGAGGAGGAGGAGGAGGCGAGGAAGGAGGCGGCGAGGUGGCCACAUCGCAGAUCCUGAAGGCAGCUCUGGUGGUGGCCCCCGUGUGGUUCUCCGCGCAGCUCGCCUUCACUGCCUCGCUGCAGCUCACCUCCGUCACCUCCAACACCGUGCUGUCCUCAUGCUCCUCGCUCUUCGUGUACCUGGGCAGUCUGGCACUGGGUCAGGAGGCGGGCAGCAGUCUGCGGCUCGCCGGGGUGGUGGCGGCCAUGGCAGGCACGGCGCUGGUGGCGCUGGGGGACAGCCGCUCCAGGAACAGUGGAGGAGCAGGGGAAGGAGGAGCAGGAGGAGGAGGUGGUGGUGGUGGCUCCCAGCAGCCGCUGCAGGGGGACGCGCUCACGCUGCUGGCGGCGGCGCUGUACGCGGCUUACACCCUGGCCAUGAAGCGCAUGCUGCGCAAGGACGACGGCUCCGCCACCGCUCUGUUCCUGGGUUUCAUCGGUGCGCUGUGUACGGCAGUGCUGCUGCCGCUGGCGGGCCUGCUGGCGGCGGCGGGGGCGGGGGCGAUGAGGCGGCUCAGCGGCCGGGUGCUGGGACUGGCGCUGGUGCAGGGCCUGGUGGAUUACGUGGCGGCGGACUACGCAUGGGCUCGAGCCGUGAUGCUGCUGGGCCCCACCGCCACCAGUUGCGGCCUGGCCAUGCAGAUCCCCGCAGCCGGCAUCGUGGACGCCAUGGUGAACGGUGGACACCUGGCGUGGAGCGAUUCGCGGAUGAGUUUGGCGCAGUUCAUACUAGGCAGCUUGUUAAUCGUCGGUGGCUUCAUUGGGGUAUCUCUUGACCCACGGGUCACUGUGGCCGCGUGGCAGCGUUGGACGAAGCGACUUGGCAGCAGGCUCAACGGCCGCGGCCGCGUCGGCAAUCGCAAUGGCAGCCGCAAAUUCGGUGUGCCGAAUGGAGGCAACGAGGAGGAGGAAGACGUAGAUGAUAGCGACGACGACGAUGAAGACACCAGCGUUGGCGCCUUCCUCCGUCGCUCCUGGUCUGCCACUAGGUCUCUCCUGCGCCCGGGCUUCGGCGGGGAAUCCCAAACUGACCCACGGGUCGCGGUGGAAGCGGAGCUACGGCAAGAGGCUGCUUCCUGGUCAUCGUUAGCAGAGCCAACGGCUGCCUGGGAGUCGUACACGGCGCCUGGCGCAGUGGCGACGAGAGGGACGGGAGUAACGGGCGUGACGGGAGGGACUCCGCCACCGUUUCGGAACUUACUUCGGGGGGCGUAAGGGAUUGGGAGUACGGAGAAGGGAGCAGGGGGUAGUUGUUGCUUGGUACCCUGGUUCGCUUGCGGCGUUGUUUUGCAGCAAGGAUGUUGCCUGGGAUGAGAAGUUCCCUGGGGUCCUGGGAGGUUACGGGUUCUGUUUGAAAUUUACUAUGGAGUGUACGGUAUUAUGUGCUGAAGGACAGCAGGUUGGGGGGGCAGCAGCAGCUCGCCGUACGCGUGACAUCACCCGGUGUGUCAAGAAACC